CAUUCUUCCGCCCCAACACAUACGACGAUAUGCCCUCCCGCGAAGCAACCGCCUACUUUGGCGCUGGCCCCGCCCCUCUGCCCACAGCGGUACUGGAAAUGGCCUCCCAGGUCCUCCUCAACUACAACGACUCCGGCAUCGGCAUCACAGAAAUCUCGCACCGUUCAGGCGACGCAGCAAAGAUUCUUGAAGACACAAAGUCGGCAUUGGCUCAAUUGCUCGACAUUCCCACCCAAGAAGGCCCCGAUGGCUACCAGAUCAUUUUCCUGCAAGGCGGAGGUUCCGGCGAAUUCAGUGCUUCGGUGUACCACAUGACUGCUCUGUGGGUCGAGAAGAGAAGACAGCAGAUUGUAAAAGAGCUAGGAGAGGAAGACGAGACAAAGGUCUUUGAGGCUUUGAGAAAGGCUGUGGACGACGAGUUCAAGCUCGACUACCUGGUCACUGGCAGCUGGUCCUUGAAGGCCAGUCAAGAAGCCGCGAGACUCGUCGGCGCAAACCACGUCAACGUGGCUGUCGACAGCCGCAAGCACAACAAUGGCAAAUUCGGCACCAUCCCCGACGAGUCUUCGUGGUCACUGACGUCCAACCCGGCUCACAGCGGCAUGGUCUACUUCUGCGACAACGAGACGGUCGACGGAGUCGAAUUCCCUGCNUUUCCCAAGAUCGACUCGGACAAGUACCAAGUCAUUGCCGACAUGUCGUCCAACUUCCUGAGCCGCAAGGUUGACGUUAAGAGAUACUCUGCCAUCUUCGGUGGUGCACAAAAGAACGUCGGCACAACAGGCAUCACCAUCGCCAUCAUCAAAAACUCCCUCCUCACUCAGCUCGCAAAGCCCGAUUUGCUCCGCAAACUGAAUCUGCCCGUUGGUCCUGUAGUCCUGGACUGGCCUACGAUUGCAAAGAACAACUCUCUCUACAACACGCUUCCCAUCUUCGACGUCUGGAUCGCCGGCCAGGUGAUGCAAUCUCUGAUUUCCAAAGUCUCCACCUCCGGGCCCAAGAUUGCUACGCAGCAGAGCGAGUCAGAGCACAAGGCUUCUCGACUCUAUGGCAUUCUUGACAAAUACCCCGUUUUCCACGUUGUGCCCGACAAGUCAGUCCGCAGCAAGAUGAACAUCUGUUUCCGCAUUGGCAGCGAGGAUGACAGAGACGACAAGGAGAAGAAGUUCCUGGCUGGAGCGAAUGAGAGACUGUUGCUUGGUUGCAAGGGUCACCGCAGCGUGGUGUGGAAAAGGUCGAGAAGCUUGCACAAUGGCUGGAGGAAUUUGCCCAGCAGCAAUAAGUUUGGAAUCUUCGGCCCAUGCUNNACCCCGAGCACCCCACGUAAAGCUUGUUUCCAUACACGUGAUUGGGCGCGCAUAAUGAAGCUUGUCGACGAUGACAACGAUAUGCUGUGGGAGCCAUCAUGUCAACAAUACUAUGGCCGCCAUUGCCAGACGCCUCGCCUUCAUCGCUUGUCCGACGCGCAGACGAGACUCGACAUCCUUGAAGUCUGGCCUCGAGGACUGNNUAGCGCUCUGCUGGCACCGCAAGACCAAGGCAGCACCCUGGUCGUCUCCUCGCACCGUAGCGAGGCCAUCAAAGGCUUCAUUACGCGCAAUGGCUCCAACAUCACCAAAGGCGACAUCCAGCUGCGUCUCGCCUCGCUACCGCCCCCACGCGGCCAAACGAGCUACAAGCUCUCCAUCUCGACCUCGCCCUCGGCUCCUGCUCUCCGACUGAAACAAAUCGCCGAAGUCAGGACUCUGAUCAACUCGAGCUUGGAUGUUGUUGACGCCACGACAUGGACUGGCGACAAGCGCGACGCGAAUUUCAUCUCGGGCCAAUUGACUCUGCUGCACGAGAACAUCCGCGAUGCAAAAGCUGCCCUCAAGGGCCCACCUGCUGCCGACGAAGCCGACAGGACCUGGGCCUCUGAGCCUCUCGACGACAAGCAUCGCAGACGCAGCUCUCCUUCUUCACGUUCCUCCACUCCCCUUGGUGGUGCUCCCUCGUUCACUGGCUUCGGCCUCCGCGACAGACUUGCACAUGCUCUUGGUGCCGGUCCACGACCUCCUGCCCACGACGAGGCCGAAGACGUCUUUACGUACCGUGGUGCCCACGUCAAAGUCAAAGAGAAGGUAAGGGUCGAGAGCCAAGAUCCGAGUUUGAUCAGCGCUAUGGCCAAACUGGCCGCCCUGGAGCAUACUGUCGAGCUGGGAACAAGGGCUCUGGAUGUUGUCAUGGCCAAGGAUGAUGAGGAAGACGACCGCGAGCCCGAAACGUCAAAGAUGGCCAAUCUCUAUGCCGAGUAUCUGCCCAAUAUCAAAACUUUGGCUGUCACGACAGUACUGGAAACCCCUAGGAACGAUUCUACUGCGCUGUCUCUAUCGAACAACCGUACAAAGCUUGUUCUUGAGCACGACCAACAUACCAAUAGCAUAAUGCUGCCAGCGAGAAUAUCUGGUCAAGGUACUCAACAUCUACAACUUCCGAAUACGGGCGAAUUGCAAUGCGUGAAUCGCAUAUCAGCAGAGCCCAUCUUUGGCGAACAAGAACCCCUCGUUCUCUGGUCUGCAGCUUAUCUUGAUCUCCAAACGAGGGUGCACUGCAAACACUGCGAUGCGCUUGUGUCAAGCGACAAGAUUCAAGUUUGGAAAAAUCUUCCAUCCGAAGCUUGGGCUGAAAUGAUGGACCUGUGGCAUUGCCACAAACCUGACGAAACUGAUCAUAAUCACGACGAGGCACCGGCGAANAAAGGCUAUGCUGCUGGCAACAAGCUUAUGGCUCAGGUUGGUGUUGGUCUAGUUGACGUGAUGAGUUUCCUUCUCUUCGAAGAUGAUUGUACUGUCGAGUGUCGGUCAUCUGAAAACGGCGACAACAUCCAUCAAGCCCAUUGCAAGACAUGUGACACGAUUCUAGGCUAUAGCGAUCCUCAGACCGAGGGCAUCCGUCUGCAGAAGCCGUACCUUGCUCUAUCAUCCAAGAAGAAUAGCACACCGCAAUCCUACGACGCAGCAAAUUGGUUCUCUUGUUAUCUCAACCAAGCGAUAGAAACCCAAGGCGUGCGUAAAUUCGUCUUUCCCACUCUCCCCUACGAGAUUUGGGUGUUUUCGACAAACCUGGCCUAUUCAUCUUCAGUAUGCCCGGAACCUAAGCAAGCCAUGAAGGUCUUAUUCAAAACAAGAGAAGGCGAUCAAGAUGUCGAGACGUUGCGAGCGGCCAAUCUGUUGAUUGAGACGCUGACUUUGCCGUUGAUCUUGGAAAAGCUGUUACAUGAGGUCCUACGACAGAAAAACUCGGAACUGCCAGAGGGUCUAAAGGUUUUCAUGGGGUGGGAGGUUGCGGUGUUGCCCGUUCUGUACAUUUCU